AUGACGAUUAAGGAAACUGAAUUACUAAACAAUUUAAGAGAUGAAUCAAUUUUAACACUAAAUAUAUAUAAUAACUUUCGGACAAUUUUUUUUGAAACAUGUUCAGAUUAUAUUACUGAGUGGACAAAUCCAACACUAUGCAAGUUCAAUGGAGUUUCAUGGAUUACUUUAAAAAAUAUAGAAGACGAUUUCUCCUGGAAAAACAUUUCAAAUACAAUACAAUUGAUAAAAAAUGUAAUCCCAAGUCUUACAUUUAAUGAGGCAGAAUUAUUUGACGAGUUUACUAUUGUUAAAACCAAUUUACAGAAAAACCAAAAGAUUAAAUCUUUUAACACGUUGGAUGAAAAAUGGACCUAUGUUUUUCAAACAGCAGAUAUUGAUGGAGACUUUCCGAAUUUAAAAAUCGUUGUGGAAUUUUUAAUGUGUAUUCCAGGUUCUAAUGCAAAUGUUGAACGAAUUUUCUCCGACAUGAAUAACUUGUGGACUGAUGAUAAAAGCAGAUUUGAUGUUAAAACUGUUAAAGCCAUGUUAGUCGUAAAACAUUUUUUCACUGAGGAUUGUUCUGGGUUUCAUGAUUUUUUAUUGGGAAAUAAAAAACUUUUAAAACAUAUACAUUCGUCCGAAAAAUAUUUGCCGAAGGAGUCAAAAACUGUAAUACUAAAUACCCAAGCAUCAACUUCGAACACCUGUUAA